AUGUUCUCUUUUACUGAAUCCCCUUGCAUUUAUGAUCGCCGGCCAGCACUAGAUGCGUUCGCGCCAUUUGGAAUGGUCCCCGGAUCUAAAAGAAGAAGAGUGAACCACCAACCAUUACAUGCUACGAAUCUCCGUCCUGUUCAAAGUUCACUGAAAUGUGACGUUGUGGAGAAAGACGAUGAAUAUGUGCUAUCUGUUUACAAACGCCUCGACGAAGACGUGCUAGGAAACGCAAUUUACCGUCAUUUGCAGAAGUUAAGGGAAGAACGCGCCCCAUCGUACCAUGUUGUACGCGAUUUCUUCGGUAACGAAUACUAUGUGGAAGACCGUUGUGAUGAGGAUGUGUUCAUGAGAGAGGCUAUGGCUACUCUGGACCUCCCAUCCAUCCAACACCAGGUGGCCAAACAGUGUUUCAAAGAUUACGAGAUCACUUUAAGACACAGGGGUGACGAGCUUGUGGUGGUGAGUCGCAGAGACAAUUUUUACAAGGAAUUUGCGCUGGGCGUAGAGUUCGAGGACGUGUGCGUCAACGGUUUUGAAAUGGUGAGUGACACUAUUGCUGCUCUCAGAGUGGGCAUCAAGAAGCCUGCUCUUAGAACUGUGCUGCCCAUAAAUUUGAGAAUCGUGGGGGGCAAUGCCGAGAGAAACACACCUGUGAUCGCUGCUGGAGAAGCCGAUCUUUCAGGAUGUUUCGAGAAACAAGAACAGGUGAUUCAGAGAGCUCAGGAGCUAGCUCGCAGAAAGCAGAAAAUUCAUGAAGCCAAGGAGCUUGCUCGCAGAGAGCAGGCGAUGCAAGAAGCCCAGGAGCUCGUACGCAGAGAGAAAGCAAUUCAAGAGGCUCUGAGCAAACAUCAAGCUAAACAAAAAGCCGAAGAAGAAGCAACGCGUCUGAAAGCUGAAGAAGAAGCGGCCAAAGAAGAAGCUUCAAAUCGGACUGCUCAGCGCAAUAGAAAGAAGGUCAUUGCCGAAAAGAAGGCAUUUUUGCUAGAACAAAAGCGGAAGCGCCGUGAGGAGCAAGAGGACAAGAACGCCUGUGUUGCAGCCUCCAGAACCCAAACUCCGUCGCCCCAGUCUUCACCCGUUGUGAUCAACAUCAACAUCGACACCCACGCACGCAACCGCGAUCCUGACCACGCUCAGUCUCAUUCUCCGGUAUUGGAGGACAUUGACGACGAGGAAGUUCAGCGGUACCAUCGGUCCCUAUACGACAGUCCAAGAGGCUCAUCAAUAAUCGACAACGUCUAA